CUCUGUACAUUUGCUCUUUGUCUGUCAUGUCACAGUGCGAAUUUAGUGGGAAUCUUUGUGGACAUUAGUGGACAUUUGAAGGCCAGUCUCAUUAAAGUCAUGCCCAGCUUCUGCUAUGAUGGUAAUUUGAUAUAUUUCACCCAUUGUGAAAUUUUCUUGAGGAAGAGAUCUCUACAUCGAUAAUGUCCACGACUGCGGGAGAUGAGAUGGAAAGUACCAGUACUUAUAAUGACAAAGAGAUUAAUUACGGUACUCCGUCGAUUUCUUUGCCUGAUGAAAUAAGUAAAAACUCAAUUGCUCAGGGACAAGACGGGGAGUUAGCGCGAGAGGAAACAAUUUCAAACAAAGUUGAUGCCAGUCCAGGAGAUGGAACAAUAACAGGUAACAAUCGACAGUCACAACUUGUUGCAAGCAGUGAAGAAAAAGAUGAUGGUGAUGGGCAGUUGCCUCUUCCUCUUCGUCACAAUCAUGACAACAGAGAUCAGCUCCUUACCACCGAAAUGUCCACGGGUGCUACAGAUAAAGAUUCAGAACUCAACCAUAGAUGUUUCAUAUGUGGUCCACCAAAAGACGCCCAUAAAACUGAGUACACAAAGCUAUCCUUAUUUCCUGGUGUUGAGAAAGAAGUCCGUGAACUUUUAAAGAUAUUAACUGCUCCAGACAAUUCGGAUGUCUGUUGUGAUAGAUGCCUGGGUUUUAUGAAAACUUUUAUAAGACUGAAAAAUGAUUUUUUGAGCAUGAGGCGGAAAAUAAUUGCUCUUCAUAUUGAUGCACAGCUAGAACUGUCAAAGAAUGCUAUCCAUAAGGAAUCAGAGGAGGAAGAUCACGAUUUGAGUGAUCAAGAAAAUAAAGCACACGAUUUGGACAACCAAGGACAAAAUAGUGAAGUUUUAGUCAAACAAGAAGUCAUUGAUUAUGGAUUUGAAGAAGAUAAUAAUCUUGAUGAAAAACUGGAAUGUUUAAAGAAAUGCAGGUGUCAGCACUGCAGUCUAAGUUUUACAGGAAUGUAUGAUUUAAAGAUGCAUCUUAUGAAGGAACAUGAAAAUAUUCACACUGAAAAAAAGCCAUUUAAAUGUCAAUAUUGUGAUAGUUCUUUUCGUAGAAAAAACAACUGCGUUCAGCAUGAAAAAAGACACAGAAUGUUUAAAUGUAAAAUUUGCUACAAGAACUUUGCAACUGCAGAUGAACAUAAUUCACAUAAAGGUACCCACACUAGACAAAAAAAUUAUAUCUCAAUAUUGCAUUCAUCCAAAUGUCAAAACUGUAAUGAAAAAUUUUUCAACAAGAUGGCAUUCUUAAAACACAAACAAAAGUGUGUAAAACAUGCUGUUACAUCUACAAAGAAAACUAAAUCGGUGAUAAAGAAUGACAAGAGGAAAAAGACCAGUGAUUCUGGAACAAAAUUAUUUCAGUGUUCGUAUUGUGAUAAAUUAUUGAGUAAGAGAAAUGCACUUAUUAUGCAUGAGAAAAUACAUAAUAGUAAAAGAGUUUUAAAAUGUGAGCAUUGUGAAAAAUCAUUUACUAGGACAGUUGAUUUGGUAGAACAUGAAAAAAUUCAUGAAUUGAAAUGUUCUUAUUGUAAUAAGUCUUACUGGGGGACAAGAGCUCUGAAAAGGCAUGAGAAAAUUCACAGUAGUGAAAAAUCGCACCUUAUAUACACUUGCUCAUAUUGUGAUAGAACAUUCACCAGGAGAAGGGCACUUGAUUUGCAUGAAGUCAUACACAAAGACGACAGACUUAAGUGUAAAAGUUGUGAAAAGACUUUUACCAGGAAGGCUGACCUAGUGGAACAUGAAAGAAUCCACGAAUUAAAGUGCUCCCACUGUGGUAAAUCUUGUUGGGGAAUCAGAGCUCUUAACAGGCAUGAAAAAAUACACACUGGUGAAAAGCCACACAAAUGUAAACACUGUGGCAAGUCCUUUGCCUAUGGUAGAGAAUUGGAGGCACAUAUGAGAACUCACACUGGAGAAAAGCCAUAUUUAUGUCAAUACUGUACCCAAAGUUUUGCUUUAAACUCAACUUUGAAAAUGCAUGAAAUGACGAAACACACUGGAGAAAAACCACAUAAAUGUCAGUAUUGUGGUAAGGGAUUUCCAGCUAAGCUAGCUUGUGAAGAACAUGAACGAUUUCACACUGGUGAAAAGCCAUUCAAGUGUGAUUUUUGUGACCGACGUUUUGUAAGGAAGGCAAAUUGGAGAGAUCAUAUAAAGACCCAUUUAGGAAUUAAACCACAGGUUUGUUCUUUCUGUGGAAAAGGAUUUCGUGACAGAGGCACCCUUGCUAUACAUGAAAGGACACACACAGGAGAGAGGCCAUUUCGAUGUAAAUACUGUGAUAAAACAUUCAUUAGAAAGUCUAAAUGUAACGCACACGAAAAAAGUCACACAGGAGAAAAAAUGUCCAGGAAACAACCAUCUGAUGAUAAAUUGAAAAGUCAGAAUAGGGUUAGUAAAAAUAAGCAUGCUGAAGACAACAGCAGUAGAAGUAACCAUUCUAAUGGCUUGGUAAUGAGUCAACAGUUGGACAGUUCAUUCAUCAGUCAGCAGUUUGACAGCACAUAUAAACCCCAGCACAGUGAGAGUACAUUCAGACCUCAGCACACUGAUAGUACAUUUAGAUCUCAGCACAUGGAAACCUCAUUUAGGGGUCCACACUCCAGUAAUGUGUUCCCUACUCCAGAGGCUGUUUAUCAUGGAGAUAAUCCUAAUCCCUAUGGGUAUAACAUGUAUAUGCCAGGAAUGUGAUGGCUUUUAUAACUGAGAAACAGACAUAUGCAAGUGAGAUUUUCCUCAGUUAAAAUUAUGGAUAUUACAAACUAAGAAUUAAUAAAGAAAUACAUUGGUGCAUAAGAGAAAAAAAGUAAUUUUACUAUUGUUAUGAUUUUUAUUAUUUAUUUUUUAUUUAUAUAUAUAUUUUUUUUUGGAGGGGGGGGAGGAUUAAGCCAAGAAGUUAGCUGUGUAUAUAGCAUAUUUAUUUUAAGAGAAUGUUUGAUAACGAUAAAUGAAUUUUUAGUCCUCCCCUUAAAAUGUAAACAAAA